AUACACAACGAACAACGAUUUGGAAUGGGAACAUGAGCAUGUUUUGAACUGAGGUGAAAUGAAUGUUUUAUUUAAGAAAUGUUGAAAUAUUGUUUCAUACCUUUAAAUAAAAAGGAGGCGUGAAUGAAAAAUAAUUGUGCAAUUUGUUUGUGAUGAAGUGGAUGAUGGAUAAGAGCAAGAACUUGACUGAUGAAGAUGGCCAUGAAGCGUUAUUGUGCAAAACAAAAGCUGUUAACGGUGUAGCAAGACCAAAGCUUUCAGUCCUAUUUGGGAGUGAACAAGAGAUCCAGAGUAGAGCGGGAGGUUCCUGUAACGAGGGUUUAAAAGCGUUAGAAAAAGUCACAUAUUCUAAACUAAAAAAUGUAACAGAUUUGAACCUAAUAGGAAAUUCUCUGGAGCAGCUACCUACCGAAUUAAAUGCUUUACAGACACUUCUAACGCUGAACGUUUCUUGUAAUAAUUUAACUUCAAUAUCAGAAAGUGUUUUUUCCUCAUUGCAAUGCCUAAGAAUUCUAAAUUUAAGCGGGAACAAGCUAAGUGAACUUCCGACUACAAUUUUCAGUCUGAAACAUUUGAGGGUUUUAAAUGUCUCCGAGAACCGCCUGUCCGAAUUGCCAGACGACGUCGGUCAGCUCAGGACUCUGGAAGUGUUGGAUCUGUCGACAAACGGUCUCCAGACGCUCCCGCCUUCGUUGGAGGAGGCGCGAGCGUUGCACACGCUGGACGUCUCCGGCAACGGCCUGGGGCAGCUGCCGGAGUGCGUGCGGGGCCUGAGGAACCUGGUGCGGCUGGGCCUGUCGCGAAACCGCCUGGCCCGCUUCGACGGGCCGCUGGCGUGCUGCAGCAGGCUGGUGCGGCUGGACCUGAGCCGCAACCGCCUGGCCGUGUUCCCCGGCUGGUUGCUGGAGGACCACUGCAUGUGGCUGCAGGAGCUGGACCUGAGCCACAACCCCGGGAUGGAGGCCGGCGCGAGGACCUCGUCGUCGUUCGACACGGGCGUCAAGUACCUGCGCAAGCAACUGCUCAGGUCCCUGCGGCUGCGCGGCUGCAGGCUGGCCGCUCCCGCGCUCACCUUCCUCCACGGCCUGCGGGGGCUGGAGGUGCUGGACCUGGGCAACGACGCGGGGCGGGGGCCCGGGAGCGGGAACGCCAUCUGGGCCCUGCCGCCGGGCCAGCUGGGCCUCAGCACCAACCUCAGGCAGCUCGCCAUCUGCAACGUGGGGCUCACCGAGUUCCCCGAGGACCUCAAGGGGGCGGUGGCCCUGGAGGUGUUGGACCUCGGCGGCAACGAGCUGUCCUUCCUGCCCGCGUCCUUCUGCCGGCUGAGGAGCCUCCGGCGGUGCGUCCUGGCGAGGAAUCAGCUGGAUUCCCUGCCGGGCGACAUCGGCACGCUGGCGUCCCUUGAGGAGUUGUGGCUCCAGGGGAACAAGCUGCGAGUGCUGCCGGAGAGCUUCGCCGGCCUGCGGACGCUCGUGUUGCUGGACCUGUACGACAACCUCCUGGGCGAGGUCCCCGCGUGCCUCGGGGACCUGCCCUCGCUGCGGGCCGUCGACUUGGAGCUGAACUUCGUCAGCACGGACGACGAGACAAUUGCUGAUAGAAUUUUUGGGAAUUACCAAGAGCUGAAAGCCAACCUCAGAUUGAAACUCUCGAAGAGUUUGAUGCACCGAGUUGAUGGGGCGAAACUGAAGAAGAAUGAUCCUGAUUGCUUUGAUGACAGUGGUAAUGAAGAUUUUGAUAGGAUUUCAAGUUCAGAUUGUUCAGAGACGUUCCAAGAUCCUGAUCCUGCUCCUGCUACAGCUAUCAUCAGGCAAGACAGCAGCGAGCCUUCGUGCUGGGGCGAUGAUGCGGAAGCAGACGACAACUUUGAUCCCAAUGAGAGAGUUUUCCUAGCCCUGCCCAGAAUAACGCCGGCCCAGAGGGUGAACACGCUCAUGUUCCCCAAGAACUUCUGCCCCGUCGACAUGCACUUCCGGGGCAUCCACAAGGGCCGGCGACAACUGGUGACGGGACCGGUGGAGUCGCAGUUCGACGACUGCCCCUUUGACGACACGGACCUCAACCCCUGCAACAUCCGCUACCUGCUGGGUGACGGCUUAUAGCGCCUGCUGAACCUCUACUACGGAGGCUGGCUCUCGUCAAGGGCUGGCGACAGCUGGUGACGGGACCGGUGGAGGCGCAGUUCGACGACUGCCCCUUUGACGACACGGACCUCAAACCCCUGCGACAUCCGCUGCCUGCUCGGUGACGGCUUAUAGCGCCUGCUGAACCUCUACUACGGAGGCUGGCUCUCGUCAAGUGUCGGUGACAGCUGGUGACGGGACCGACUGCCCCUUUGACGACACGGACCUCAAACCCCUGCGACAUCCGCUGCCUGCUGCAACCUCUACUGCGACGGUUCGCUCUUACGUACGUGUUGUGUUUUACAGGGGCACAGAAAUUACUACGUUUAGGGCCUAAGUUUUAGUAGUGACGUAUUGCAGGGUUGUGUUCUGAAAGCUUUACAGCCAUAAUUUUUCACUUUUUCUUCUUUUUAUAAACUGAUCUCCACCUACUUACAAAGACAUUGAGUUUUAUUUUAGAAUAGGUUUGAAAUUAGAAAUAAUUUUUAGUUUUUAAUUCAGUAUACUCACACAUUUGACAAUUAUACUUUUUUUUUUUACAAGUGCCAAAAAGGAAACAAGUCGUAUUACCUUUUCAUUAUUUUUUAUUUUGUUUUGGCAUUUAUUUGAUUAAGAAUUUUUUAGUGACUUUUCGUAGUGUGAUUAGUUAGUUAUGUAGUUUUAAAUUUCAUUUUUAGUAUUGGUGUUAUGGAGUAUAUAAAUUUGUUACGGCAGAAGUUUUUUAUUGCAACUGAUAUUAACUUCAAAGUAUUUUUAUGUUAUUUCUCAUCUGUGGACACAGAAGUUAGAGCUGUCAUUAAAUAGUGUGAAAAAUUUUGGUAGUAUUUUUUAGGAGUGUAUUGUUUUUACACAACUUUGUUUUAGUAGCAAAAAAAUAGUUCUAAGUUGAGUGGAUGGACUUACAUCCAUUAAAUAAAUUAUUUUGGACUAAGUCAGCUAUAAACUAUUUCUGAGAUAAUCUUCAGUUACUUUUUAAAUGUUAAUAUGAGCUUGACCUUACUGAACAUAUGUUUACAAUAUGGUUUCAUGUAAGUUACUUAAUGUCACUUUCCUAUUGAGCUUAUACAAGACUUUUAAAAGUUUAGUUCAUGUUUGUUUCUGUGAGGUACAUAUGUGUAAAUGAUGAACAAAAACAUUUUUAUUGAUUUUUGUUUAAAACAUUGAUAACCAAGUGAGAACAACUUUUUCUGUUGCAUACAUUUUGUGGCUUUUAAAAUAUUUUAAACAAAGGUCAGAAUUGUGUGGUUUGUUGUAGCAUUAGAAUCAUUUGUGGCAUAUGUUGCAAGUUUUAUUUAUUAAAAAUAUAAGACUUACCGAAGUUUAUUUAUUCAUAAAUACUGUAUUUACUCGAGUAUAAGUCGUCUUCUAUUCUAAGAUGCAUCUCUCUUUUGAUCCUGAUAGUUGUCUAAGAGGAAACAUUCAUCUACAAAUAAAAGAUACAAUUAAAUAUAUUUAUUUGUAAAAGGUGGUGUUAAGUGGUUUGUUAGCCUGUACCGCUCUUGUUAUUCUCAGAUCUAUUCAACUGGUCUGUGUAUCACCUUUGAAUAUAUAUACUGUAUAGAAGUCGCCAGCCCAGGUUAAAAUUUCUAAUACGGUUUGAGGUAGUUGGUUAAUUCACCGCCGCAAUCGCCACCAUCUCUAGGGCAUCGACUUGUGGUGGUCCCUAGCGAACAAGUGUCGAACUCUUCAAACACCCCUUCCCCCUCCCGUUGAACGACCUUGAGCUGCAGUGAAUGAUUGCUGGGGGGUGCGGGGAAUGACAGCGGGCGACAGUGCUGCGCUCUAACGUGUAAAUAACAACUAAGACGAUACAGGUCGUUACGGCAGCGCACUGCAGCGGUGAAGUUCCCAAGCUGCUCAUCAUACGCUUCUGAAAAACGUAGAGUAAAUCCUAUCCACUCGCGACUUCUAUACAGUAUAUAUAUUCAAAGGUAUCACUGCUUAUCACAAGUGUUGUUGUAAGCCCAAGCCCAUUCUCGAAUCUCAGAAACUCAACAAAUAGGUGCAUCCUACGAUUGAUUAACUUCGGUGAAUGCACGACACCAUCAAUUGUAAGAUGAAACCCCACUUUUGAGCUCAAAAAGUGACAAAAUAAUAGUGUCUCUUAUAGUUGAGUAAAUUCAAUAUCUUAUAAUAAUUUUUGCUGCUAAAUUACUGCU